UUACAGCUGCAGUGAAGACUGGAACAUAGGGCAAAAAAUUUUUACGCAGAUUAUUUCAGCACUCUUUAUUCUGGGAUUGAACAUUUGUCUAAAAAAUGGGGAUUGCUACAAUUGUUGUUUUCUGCAGCUUUGCAGUGGGUAUUGCUCAGAGUGCGCUGACUCUAAUGGCGGACCAGCCCUUUUUAAGUGUGCCACUUUCUGAGAAAGCUGAAAUGAAGUGCUGCUACAACAACAAUGUGACGUCAGUGGAACCACUUUGGGUCAGACGCUUUAAAAAUGCCAACAACGCCAGUGUAGACUUUGUGACUCCCUCGGUCAGUGUGAUUUCAGACCACAUAAAAAAAGAUCACACAUUCUGUGGCAUCCUAAAACUUAAUUCAGUCGAGCUGAAUGACUCUGGGCUGUACCAUUGUUCGCUGAACAGCAGUAAGGGCAGCCUCUUGUCUCAUGGCACAUACCUGCACGUCUACAAACCAAUGAAGAAGACACUAAACCUCAGUGAAAGCACCAAAAACAAGAUCCUGACUGCUGAGGGAAUCUUACUGUUGCUGUGUGUGAUACUGCCUUCUGCCACCCUUCUCUGCAAGUCAAAGAAAAUACGUGAAAUAGAGAAAAAGAAAGUGAAGACGGAAGAGGAAAACAUAUAUCAGGGGCUAAAUCUGGAAGAUUGCUGCACCACGUAUGAUCAGAUCGAACGGUCCCAGGGACAUGGCCCGUACCAGGAUGUCUGUAACAUUAUGGAGGAAGAAGAGGAGAUCCAGUUGGAGAAACCUUAAAGGAAAGAGGAGAGAUAUAGAAAGGGAAGGUAGAAAGGGAAGGUUUUGAGUCUGUUUUGAGAGUUUAAAUUUAAGUGUGUGAUAUUUGUAUAUCAGGCUCAUUCUUUAUCACACACAUUUAAAGCUGGGGAGUUUUCUUUUCAUUGCCUGUAGUUAGACUUUUCUGACAACAUAUUAUUUAAUCAGCUUACUUCAGGAAACAGUAUUUGACAAAACAGUCUCACCACAAAGUCCAUUUAGUCAUAUAGUCAGGACUUUUGAAAAACUGAGGUUCAGUCCUUUCAGGCCAGAUCAUUUUGAAGAGAUCUAAAAAUGUCCAUUUUUCCCUUGUGCGAUAGAUUCAACUGUUUUAUUAUUAUUAUUUUUUGUCCAAAGUCCUAUAAGUGCUGAGAAAAAAAUGAUUGAAAGCUCCACAACAGCCUUCCAUCUUGAGUUGACCUUGUGAUGAGACUGUUUUGUUAUUAGCUUCUUUAAUGUUCAUUAAAAGGAUCUAUAUAAUGUUGCCUAUGUCUUGCAUUUUACUGAAUGACUUCAUUUUGUGUCAGUUUAUUUGCUGUCUGCGAUUCCUGUGUGUGCUCAGAGAAUAAAGUUGUGUUGAAAGAGCCAACAAA